CGCGAGAUACGUGCUCUUGCGAUCGUUGCCUCACUAAUCUUUCACCUGGCGUGACCCCGUUUCCAUCGCUCUUUCCGUGCCGCUGAUGACUACACAAGACUAGGAACAAGAUGGCGACUCAGACGAUCACCGAGCUGGAGCUCCAGACCUGCUCCGUCACGGCCCCAAAGACCACUCAAGUGGGCACUGCUCCAGGACGGCCACUUUCGGACGCGACACCGCCGUCAUCAAGUACUCCUUCCUCCGCCAGUAUCGUUGAGGAGGCCUAUCCACAUCUGGCAAAAUCUCGAGCUUGGAUUGUCAUCACACAACUCUGCGGCAUCAACUUCGUCUCCAGCUUCAGCAAUGGCCUGGUGUCGAUUGGUCUGCCAACCAUGGCCACGGCGAUCAACAUUCCUAACAAUUUACUUCUUUGGCCCAGCUCCGCAUUUUACCUCACGAUGGGCUCUUGUCUCCUGAUUGCAGGGAGCGUGGCAGAUGUCAUUGGCCCACGAAGAGUCAACAUACCAGGCGCUCUUCUCACAGCCGUAAUGAUUCUUGCCUCAGGUUUCGCGAAAGACGCAAUUACCCUGAUCAUGCUGCGGGCGAUCCAGGGCAUCGCAAACGCAAUGGUUGUCCCGACUGCCAUUUCGAUUGUCUCCAAUAAUGUCGAAGAAGGCACUGCCAGGAACAUUGGCUUCGCGUCUAUUUUUCUCUCUAUGCCUUUGGGAUUCGCGGUCGGUAUGAUAGUCGGCGGCCUUUUCGUAAGCACCGUCGGUUGGGAAGUCGGAUUCUAUACCGGCGGCGGCACUGGACUCUUGCUGGUCGUGGUCGCCAUGUGGGCACUGCCGAAGGAUGCCAAAUUAGGGCCGCUUACGACAACAUUGAAGAGACUUGCUGUGGAGAUCGAUUGGGUAGGCGCCGCAAUAGCAAGUGCUUCUAUUGCUUUGCUGUCGUACGUCCUCGCGAUGCUGUCAGCCGACACAGCGCACAUCAAAGAGCCCAGCAACAUUGCUCUACUUGUUGUCAGUCUGUUACUACUGCCUGCAUUUGCCAUGUGGAUGGAGUUUCAGGUAAAGCGAGGCCGACCAGCACUCAUCCCCAACCAGCUUUGGAAAAAUAUUCCCUUUACCAGCGUCUGUCUGAUGAUUCUACUCUGCAACGCAGUUGUAAAUUGUAUGGAGCUCUACAGCAGCUUGUUCUUCCAAGAAGUUCAGUUGCUUUCCGCCAUCGAGACCGCAAUUCGAAUUCUCCCGCAGGUUCUCGUCGGAGCAAUAUUGAGCUUACUGGCUGGCGUUCUCGUGAAUCGAGUGCAUGUCAUGGCUUCGAUCAUGAUCUCAUCCGUUUUAGCCGCUGGGUCACCACUUCUCAUGGCAGUCAUCGAUCCAUCGCGGAGCUACUGGAUCAUGGCAUUUUGGGCUCAAUUACUUGCACCCUUCGGUGUGGACGUGCUCUUCACGGUUGGCACUUUGGUCGUCAGUGAGGCAUUUCCACGCAAAACGCAGGCCCUUGCAGGUGCCGUUUUCAACACAUUUGCGCAAGUGGGGACUUCGAUUGGUCUGUGCAUCACUUCUGUUAUCUCAUUGAGCGUUACGGAGCAAUCGUCCGUCCCCAAUAAAGAGAGCCCUCAAGCUUUAAUGCAAGGUUACAGGGCUGCUUUUUGGGCUCUGUUUGCCUGGAUGAUCGCAGCUUGUGUCAUCGGAAUGUUUGGGCUGAGGACUGUAGGGAAAGUCGGCAUCAAGAGGGAAUAACGCUGUAGAUUGUUCAUCACACUUCUAGGUGGUGCCUAUGGAGCGCCUGCGGUCUGCCAGCAUCACUAAUUGAGUCUUUCCAUACAGGAUUAUUAAUCGAAACUGAUGCAUGCCAUCUUUGCACGGCCUGCUGAAGAACAAUACCAGAGACCAUCGGAAACCAUGGAUCGCACGUCCACUCUGCGAGCCGUUCCUGAGAUGAGCGGCACGCCUCGACUUGCAUUUUUGCAAUUUGGAUCCUGGACCGCACAUCUCAGGUUGUUUUCAUGCUUGUAUUCAAUAGUGCAAAAGCAUCGUCGAUAUUCUGGAAGCUGUAGCAAGAAGCGUCCGAGAGCUCUGCAAUUAGGGCUGUAGCUGGGAAUCCGUCGUGCAUCAUG